AGAGACCCAACGUUUUCUUUCAUUAUUCAGAUCGAACAUGCAAUUUUAUACAACUUUCUAACUUACUUUCAUAUAAUUUUUCUUUGUUCUCUUGGUAUCUUUUUUUGAAAAAAGCACAGGAGCGUGCACGUAUCUGGAGCACUAUAUGGCAGCAGCUUGACAAGAAUGUUAUCCGUUUGCAAGAGCACUAGAUGGCAGCACUAAUUCCUGCCAUGUAGUGUUCCAGAAGCCUACCUAGGUCAGGGCUUGACAAAACCGGGUGCCACUGGUUUGGAGCGCCUAAGACACCCGUUUGUGUAGCUCGCUUACUCCCGCCAACUGCUGCUUGCUGCUGCCAGCCGCACCAAAAAUGUAGCCCGGUGCGGACUGAUCAUUUCUAGGCCAUCCUUGGGUAAGGGGGUGUGGUGCUGAUUAGUUUCACAUUGUGCUGUACACACAGUAGCAGCUAGUGGCAGGGCAGAUUAUCGGUGUACAGCCACCUAUAUUCCCUUCAAGUUGUGCACCCCUCAACUUCUCCCCCAGUGUCCUGACAGCAGAUAAAACAAAUGGACGUUCCUACAUACUCACCAAUGUAUUGUGCACACUGUAAGUGACAAACCAACACUCAGUCAAGUCUAGAAAUCGAAAUCACAGCAGCACAAGCAUUUAAAUAAUACAACUUUUUCUUUUAUUUGCAUUCCAAUACAGAGAUAACAGCAAAACCUCCAUCGUUUUGGGUUUUAUCCCUUAAUCAUGUUGAAUGCAAAAUCACACAUAUGUUCAAAUUUAAAUACUCUCAAAAUUCAAGAAGAGGCUGUCACUUUUAACUCUUCACCAUUCUGUAACUCUAAUUGCAAGUGAACAUUUGCCAUUUAGUGGCCAGACUUUAUAAAUAUACAUAGAUCAAGAAUGAACUAAGUUUAUGCUUUUAUAACGGCUAAAUCAGGACACACUCCACAUCCUCUUGAUGUCCACCUAUUAACAUCAUUUAUUUGUAUAGUUCCACAAAAUUCUGUAGCGCUUAUUCAUAUCACUAAAUUUAUUGAAAAGGAGACCAAUCUAUCUCUUUAUUCAAGCCCUUAGGAGCUUAAGUAUCUAAAUAAAAUAUCCAAAAUGUUUCCCUUUUCUUUAACUGUGUCUCUCUAUCAGCUUUACGCCUGGAGCAACUGACUUGUUCUAUAACUUGGAACCGUAACUGUGACACACUGUGCCCAGCCGUAACAAAAUGACAGGCGACAGGAGCAGCCAUAUUUUUAGCUCUAAUAUUUCCUCUAUGUUCCACUAUUCGAUCACGUAUCCUGUGGGUCGUUUCCCCUAUGUAAAUUUUGGAACAUGAGCAUUUGAUCAGAUACACUACAUAAUCUUUAGUGCAAGUAUACUCUUUUAUAGUAAUUUGUUUGCCAUACUAUUGCAAUUUCUACACUCCAAACAGGGAUAGCAACCAAAGUUCGUUUUGGUGAUAUAUCUAGUCUUAUGCUAGAUUUUUGGGGCCUUUUUCCAACAUAUAUGAACACAAAACACAUGAAUACACAUAUAUACACACCUAUAUACACACACCACCAGCAAAAGAUUCCAACUCGCUCAAGCCUCAGAUGAUAGAGUUGUUUUAGCAAUAAAGUAUUUUUUAAUUAAAGUAUGUACAUUUUUUUAGACAUAAUGCUGUUGCACACUUAAUAGACUACAGUAUGGUGUAAAUAUAAGUGUAACUCGCUUUAUUGCUAUAUUUACUUUAUUGCAGUAGUCUGGAACCGAACCCGCAAUAUCUCUGAGGUACGCCUGUAUAUCAGUGCUGCCUCCGCAGCAGUCAGCAGUGACAAACAGUGUGGAGCAAGAAUUCCUCAGCACUGGCGCUCACCCUUAGUGAUGGCCAUCCUACUGCUUGGGGGCGCUUGGUUGUGAGUGCAAACUGUUUAUUGGGGCUCAUAACUUGAAUUUAGGCAGCUAGCUGGGGUGCUGAUAUUUUUGGGACAGACGUGCAGUCCAAUCUGCAGAGCCCUGCAGUAUUUAACAAUAUAAGUGAGCAAGCUGCCUGCAAUAAUGUUACAGCGCUAUCUGAUUUGCCUGUGCUUUGUUCCCUCCAAAAACUUUUUUUUUAAAUUCCUAAUCAGUGUUGUUAAAUAUGAGGUGGGUCCACAUUGCCAUCCUGUAGUUUUUGCACCAACAACACAUCUCUAUCCUAUACUUUACCUCACCUCAUCUGCACCACACAAUAAGGGGCCGAUUUAUCAUUUGAUCCACUGUAACGAUCAUGUCCGCCAGACAUUGAUAAAUGCCGACAGCAUACGCGUUUGGCAUUUAUCAUUGCACAAGCAGUUCUGGUGAACUGCUUGUGCAAUGCCGCCCCCUACAGAUUCAAAGGCAAUCGGCCGCUAGCAGGGCGUGUCAAUCAACCCGAUUGUAUAAGAUCAGGCGGAUUGGUGUCCGCAGCCUCUGAGGCAGCAGACGAGUUAAGGAGCGGCGGUCUUAAGACCGCUGCUUCUUAUCUUCUGUUUCUAGCGAGCCUGAAGGCUCGCGCGGAAACUGGGAUUUGGCCCCAUUCGGGCCAUGAUAAAUCGGCCUUUAAGUGAUCAUUUUUAAGUGGCUAAAUUCAAUAAUGUCCUGUGGAUCCAGUAUGUAUCAAUCUAGACCUGUAAUCUUAGCUUGGUGAAGAAUUUCAAAUGUCUUGACAUAGAUAUACACAAUAUGUAUAUAUGUAUACAAACAAACACAUUAUAUAUAUAUAUAUAUAUAUAUAUAUAUAUAUAUAUAUAUACUGUAUAUAUGUCACACACAUGGAUUGUGAAAAUAGUUGUCUACAUAUCUAAUUAUUAAAUAGUUGGUGUACGCACGGUACCAGCUACUUCACUCCGAUGAACUCUUGCACAUGGUAUUGUGCAAAAAAUGUUAUUGAAAUUUCUAUAUAUUGAUUGAUUAAUUGAUUAUGAAAAUAAUUGUUUGUUGCAGCGUUACGCUUGAUUAAAUUAUUAUUUGAUUAAAAGACCAGUGAGGGCCUUCCUUAUCUCUUAUACUUACCCGCUGGCACCCUGGCAUGUAUGGAUUUUGAAAGUGAGAGUGCUCUCUAUCGCAUUAUAUAUAUAACACACACACACACAUAUCACAAAAAACGUGGCUCCUAUAUUUUGAACAAAUUGGUUAAGCAGUGACCUAGGUAUUUAUUUAACAAAGAAUAACAUGAGAAAGAAGCACAUUUGAUAAUAGAAGUAAAUUGGAAAACCUUUUUAAAAUUGUAUGCUCUGAAAAAAUAUUUGGGUUCCACAUCCCUUUAAAGACAUAUGGAAGUCAAAAUGGAAGUUUUAUGAUUCAGAUAGAGCUUGUAAUUAAAAAAAAUGUUUUUACAAUUAACUUCUGUUAUCAAAUUUACUUUGUUUUCCUGGUAUACUUUGUUGUAGAACCUUUCGAGGUAGGCUCAGGAGUGGGCAUGUGUACUAUAUGGCAGCAGUAUUUGUAACAAUGUUAUAGACUGUUCAGCACUAUAUUGCAGCAAAUAUGCGUUUCAACAAAGGAUACCAAGAGAAUCAGUUAAAUUUUAAAUAUAAUUAUAUGGGGGCGAGGAAUAAAUUGGCGGCUCUAUCUGAAUCACAAAACUUUGAUGUCCCUUUAAUAAAUAGACUAACAUUUGCAUGUAAAGUAAGUGUUCACAUUACUGUAUGAUACAUGAUCUUUUUCAGAUGUUAAAUGUGCAAGUAUUAACUUACUUUGCAUUUGUACUGAUCUAUGUAAUUCUUAAUAUGCUUAUUUAUUUAUUUAUUUUAUUGUUUGUCUAUUAAGAAUUCUAACAUGGAUAAUUGCUAGAUGUCCAAUGUUGAAACUGGAAUUCACAUUAAAACCUGUACUGUAUUACUAAAUAAACCUGAUAUGGAUUUUUUAAUCAAA